GAAAACAUGGAGAAAGACCUCUGUGAUCCAGCCAAAAGAGGAAAUAAAGACUGUGAUAUGCAGCUCAAAAAAACUAUUGGAUAUAUUGAAGGGGUUAGCUUUAUAAUGGGUACAAUCGUAGGAGCAGGGAUCUUUGUAUCUCCUACAGGGGUUCUGCAAUACUCUUUACUCAAUGUUGGUGUUGCGCUGAUCAUCUGGACUAUUUGUGGCCUCAUAUCUCUAAUGGGCGCUCUCUGUUAUGCAGAGCUAGGCACAGCUUUGCCUUUAUCAGGAGGAGAAUACAGCCACAUAAAGAGAGCUCUUGGCUCUCCUCUUGCUUUCAUUUUUAUGUGGACAGCACUGUUUAAUAAACCAGCAUCCAACGCUGCUCGGGCUUUGCUGUUUGCAGAGUAUGCAAUCCAACCUUUCUACGGCGAGUGCCAGGCUCCCGAACUGCUGAAAAAAGGCUUAGCUCUGGCUGUUCUCUGGUCUCUUGGGAUCCUCAAUGGCCGAAGUGUCAAGAUGGCUGCUUGGGUGCAGACUGUUUUCACGAUACUAAAAAUGAUGGCUCUGUCUGCAAUUGCAGUUAGUGGGAUUGUCUUACUGCUAAGAGGGAGGAAAGAGAAUGUAGCAAGAUUUGAGAAUGCUUUCAGUGCAGAGGUUCCUGAUGCCGCUCAGGUCGCAGAAGCCUUUUACCAAGGACUGUAUGCAUAUGGUGGCUGGUGGUCUCUCAAUUAUUUGGCAGAGGAGAUGGAAAACCCAAGCAAAAAUAUUCCCAGGACUGUGAUGACUGCACUUCCUUCCGUAACUGUGUUUUAUUUGCUGGUAAAUGUUUCGUACCUGACAGUUCUCACACCCAAAGAAGUUGUCUCCUCAGUUGCUGUAGCAGUCACCUGGGCUGACAGAGUGAUCCCUUCAGUUGCAUGGAUUAUUCCUGUAUCUGUGGCUAUUUCAAUAUUUGGUGCACUUAACAGCAGCAUGUUUAUACUGGGACGAUUAAGCUAUGCUGGGAGUCAGUCUGGACAUUUGCCUGUUAUAAUAUCCAUGCUUAAUGUCCACUAUUGGACUCCAGCACCAGCCAUGAUUUUCUCAACUGUUAUUGCAUCCAUUUUUAUUAUCCCAUCAGACCUAAUUGCUUUAACCAAUUAUUUUGGAUUCUCUCUCUGGCUCAUGGUUGGAUUUACGUGCAGCAGCCUGAUUGUCCUCCGUUACCGAGAACCUAAUCUACACAGGCCAUAUAAGGUUUUUUUACCAGUUGCAUAUGGAAUGGUGGCAGUUUCUCUGUUCUUAGUUUGUGUUCCUAUAGUCUGGUCUCCAAAGGUGCAGUACAUAUACGCAUUUCUUUUCAUGAUUGGGGGACUACUCUUAUAUGUGCCUUUUGUACACUUUAAAAUACAUUUUGAAUUUCUUGACAAAAUUACAUGUUACUUGCAGUUGCUGCUGGAGGUUUCACAUGCUAAUGACAAAUGUGAGUAAUGGCUGUCAUUUAUGCACUGCAAUUAUUUUGAAAGGCGUCCUUUUAAGUUAUGGGUUAUUAGUAGCCAUAAAGCUCUUCAAAAAAUCAUAGGAGGUAAAUAUUUUUAAAGAAGCACAUUCCACAAUAUUUUUCUGCAUUCUGCAUUAACCAUUUCAUAUCUGAACAAUUGAAAGUAAUGACUAUACAUUUUAUAUAUAUAUAUAAAGCUUUUAGAUAUAUUGUGGUCUUUACAAAAAGUUGAAAGUGUUAAUUACUUUGGUCAGUUUUAUAAUCAUGUUGUUAGCAGCCCUGAGCUAUGUGGAUAAAACAAGUUAAAUAUUGACUCAGUUCAGACAUCACAGGAAACUAUUGUUUAAUUAAAUUAACAUAUUAUUGUCGAAGGCUUUCACAGCCGGAAUCACUAGGAUGUUGUGGGUUUUCCGAGUUGUAUAGCAUCUGGCAUCUGAAGAUGCCGGCCACAUGUGCAGGUGAAACAUCAGGAGAAAAUACUACUGGAACACGGCCAUACAACCCAGGAAAAACCACAACAUCCUAGCAAAUUAACAUAAGUGGUGUCAUUGUCUGAAUGCAUGCCAUUCCAUUAACACUGGGUAGCUAGUGUCCAUCAAACCAACUGAGAAGACAGCUGGUCUUAGCUAUUGUUUUGUGUGACAUCUGAAUGCAGUCUUCCAGUUUUAAUCCUGAUUUAAUACUGGCUUGAUCCUGGGUGACACCUGGAUGCAGAGGGAAGCAAAUUAAACGAGCAUGAAUUGAGACAGACCAAGAUUUGAGUGAUCUGUGGUCUGAUUCCUAGAUUCACUAACUAAUCAUAAUGAAAAUAAAACAUUGGUUUUCUGUUAUGUCUGAACCAAGCCAGAGAUGCACUGUUGAAAAAUAAAUGUAAAUUGUAAGCUCUCAGGAAUCAGGCAUGUGUCUUUAUAUAUUUUGCUUUGCUACUUUUUCCUCAAUAAAAGGCCAUAUACACUGA